GAUACAAUUGGUCAUUGUUCUGCUGUUCCCACUUUACAAAAUUAUAUCAAAAAGAACUAUGCAAAGAAUACAUAUCAAUGGAGUUUGUGGACCUGUCAACAUUUUCCUUUACUUUUACAAGUUAUAUCUACGAAUCCAUUGGAAUCUUUUCAUAAUGAAAUAAAAAGAGUAAUGUCUUCAUUACACAGCUUAAUCAGUAUAUAA